AUGUUUUUAAAAAUUAACAGAGCAUAUUUUGCUAAAAAAUGUGUAAACAGUUUAAGCUAUCCUUCAAAACAGAUUCUCCAAAAACGUAAUGUGAGAACAAUCAAUAUAAGAAAAAAAUUAAAUAAAGUAUUUACACAAAAUGAGAAAAUUUCUUAUUAUGAAGAAAAACAAUUUAAGAGUGAUCCAAGAAAUUUAUGUGAAGAAAUAAAAAAAAAUAAUUUGAAAUGGCAUAAUGGAUUGGAAAAGGAAGAAAAUUACAAAAAUAGAUAUAUAGAUGAAAUAAAUAAAAAUGAUAAUAAUAGUUACAGUGAAUAUUUUGAUGAAUAUAAUGGCAAAUGUUAUGAUAAAAAUAAUGAAAUAAUUUCUGAUAAAAAUAAUGAAAUAAUUUCUGAUAAAAAUAAUGAAAUAAUUUCUGAUAAAAAUAAUGAGAUAAUUUCUGAUAAAAAUGAAAAUGAAUUAAUCCCUGAUGAAUAUAAAUUCAUUUUUGAAAGAGCGAAACAUUAUGCACAUAUUGAUGAUGACCCAAUUAUAAGAAGACCAGGAUGCAUUAUAGAUAUAAAAACAUUAAUGAGAAAUAACUGGACAUUUCCUGCUGUUGGUUUUAAUAGUAAGUUAGAAAUACCAAUUUAUAAAUUUGAAUCUGAUGAAAAUGACGACAAGAUUAAAUUUAUUACGGUACCAAAUGAUAUUUUUGGUUUACCGAUAAGAUCAGAUAUAUUACAUAAAUGUUAUUAUUUUUACAGAACAGUACUAGCAGGAUAUACAGAAAGAAUGCAAUUAUAUAAGUGGGAAUGGCCAGGAAGCACUAAAAAAUACCGAAGUCAAAAAAAAAGUGGAAAAGCAAGAAUGAAUUGGAGAAAAACAUGUGGGAGAUAUUUAGGUGUUAAAAAUCAUCCUAUAAGACCUCAUGAUCAGAAAACUAAUAUUAAUAAGAAAUUUUUAUGGAAAGGAAUGAAAAUUCUUUUGUCGGCAAAAUUUGCACAAGAUCAAAUAAAAGUUGUAGACAAUUUUUUAAUUAAAUCACAUAAAACAAAAUAUACAGUUAAAUAUUUAAGAAAUAUUUUAGGAAGAAAUUGUAAUAGUGCCUUACUAGUACAUGAAGGAAAAACAGAUGUGAAUGAUAAUUUUUUAUGGGCAUGUGCAAAUAUAGCAAGUAUAAAAAGAGAAAAUGUAGAAGGUGUUAAUAUUUACAAUUUAUUAAAAUAUAGAUAUGUUAUUUUUACCUAUAAAGCUUUAAAUAAUAUUAUAUAUGAAUUGAAAACUUAUCCUUAUAAAAUGAAAUGGCUUCCCACAUAUGCAACACCCAAUAAUACAAGAGCACCAAAACCAGAAAAAGUGAAUAAUUGGAAUAUUUUAUGGAUUGAAAAAAAAAAAAGAAACAAUUUUUCACAAUUUGAUAAAGAUGCUUUAAAAAAAAGAAUUCAAGAAUGGAAAUGGUCUAGUGAUUUAAAAGGACCAUUAAAAGUUAAAAAAAAAGAUCCUUACAAAAAUUUUAUAUUAACUAAAUUUCAAUGCAAUGAUCCAUUACCUGAAUUUAUUAAAUAUGAAUAUAUAUUUAAUGUUGAAGAUGAAUUUGAUAAUAUUAAUGAUAAUGAAGAUCAUUUUAAUAUGAUUGAUGAAAUAUUAAAUGAUGAUGAGUGUCUAGAAAAUGUUUCUAGUCUCUCAUCACCUAUAUCCACACUACAAGAAAAAGGAAAUACUCAUGAAGAUGAUGAUAAUGAAAAUGAUAAUGAAAAUGAUAAUGAAAGUGAUGAUGAAAAUGAUGAUGAAAAUGAUGAUGAAAAUGAUGAAGAUGAUGAUAAAAAUGAUAAUGAAAAUGAUGAUGAAAAUGAUGAAGAUGAUAAUGAAAAUGAUGAUGAAAAUAAAGAUGAAAAUCAUGGAUAA